AUGAGUGUGGGCAGCAGAACGGCAUGGGAAGGGCGGCAAUCGGGGGUUCCCGGCUUCCACGACCAGAGGAGCGCAAGUCGUAGCCCGGUGGGUGUGGGCUACCAGGGCCUAGUAAACCCGGGAACGCCUCACGACCUUCAAAUUCCCACAGCAUGCCAGUACUCCUCAGCGCUCAACGACUUGGUGGAUUCUUACAUCCAUAGUCCCGUCCUACAGUCGGCCCUCUGGCGCCGCCGCUGCCGCGUCCUCGGCCCUCCACACCUUACCCAGGCAGCUACCUCGCAGCGCAGCGCUUCCUCCCGCUGCACCCGUCAACAGCCCAUCCAGUCCGGGGGCGCUGCGGCCACCACUGCUGCCGGCAGCAUGGCCUUCGCGCACCGUGCCAACGCCGACGUGCCCAGCCUCAGCGCAGGACGGCGUCAGGCUGGGCUGCAGGCAGGACCCGUGGCUCGCGGUUGGCGCAUGAGCCGGCGUCUCACUCGGCGCCGCCAGGACCCUACCCCGUCGCAGCGGCAGCAGCAAGAGCAGGGCGAGUGCGACCCAGAUCAGUCGCAGUCGGCAGUAGCGCCGUCGGAGUCAGCUUCCGGCAGUGCGCAGGCCGCAGCGACCGUCAGCCACGUCGCCCCCGUCCCACCAGCCGCCGUGCAUCGUGAGUUGGAACGGCUGCUCCGAGCUGCCGCAGAUGCCCCACCGCGCCACCGCGAUGCGGCAGCAACACUGGCGAGACAGCGACAGAGCUCCGGAAGCCCUGAAUGUGGUUUCGGCGCGGAACCCAGAUCAGAUCUUACCGUUGAUACCGCAGACGCCGCCGCCGCCACUAGCGGCGCGGCGGAUCCACACCCGCUGUUGACGGAAGCCCAGUGGGCGCUCGUGCUGGGUGUUGCCGCUGAUGCAGGCUGGCGUCCUACUCACAUUGCAGCAGCUGCUUUGCUGCGCGCUCUGUCCGCCGACUUGGAGGGGGUAUCCGUCCUGACACGGCCGGCUAGGGACAACAACUUUGGCGAGGGCGGAGGCGCCACUGCCAGCGGCCCAGAGGAACCUUCUUUCCAGCUGACGCUGCACCUGGGUCGGCUGUUAUUGUGUCAAAAGAAAUCGGAUCAGCGGAUGCAGGUUGAAGCGGGCGCCGGCGGCAGUGGGGAGCCACCGAUGCGCCGCUAUGUCGGGUCGUCGUCGGCGAUGGAGUCGGCGGCGGCCUGCUCGCCGCUGCGUUCGCUCGGCGGGGAUGCGCUAUUUGAGCGACUGUUGCUCCGAAACCUGCCCGUGGCGGCCGCCACGGCGGCGGCGUCAUGCGGCAGCGGUGGCGGCGCCGCCGCAGCGCCGCAACAGCAGCCUCCUUCGUCAGCGGUGGCGUUACUGGCAUGGGUGUUGGGCUCCAGGGAACGUGGGUUGCGAGAAGUGGGGGAGAAGUCCAGAUCUGGAUCCAGUCCACGCGGAACGGAAUCCAUGCCGCUGGAGACUCUUUCCGACCAGCCCGAUCUGCUGCGCCCCGCGGCGUGGUGCGGCGAGUGGUGGCACGCGUCGUCAUCGUCCGCCGCCUCUUCCUCCUCACAAUCCACCUUGCCGCCGUCGUUAAUAUCCGGUCCCGCCGCCAUCGCCGCCGACGCUGCCGCCGACACCAUCACCUGUACGACUCCUGUGGAGCCAUCGAAGCUGCUGGAAACGCGGGAGACUGCUGAGCAGCACCAGCAGCAGCACCACCAGCAGCAGCAACCUGGGAGUGUGCGGUGGCAGCAGGACGGGGAGGGGUGGUGGCUGCGGUGGUGGUGGCGUGCGACGGCACAGGCGGCAGCGGCGCAGGCUGAGGGCGGCGGCGUAACGCGGGCUCCGCCGGAUUCCGCCCUGGUGCUGCUGAUGGAGUUGUUGCAGGGAUUUUCGCCGCUGCUACAGCCGCCUGCCUUUUGGCGCAGCGCGGUGGCGGCGGCGGUGGAGCGACGGCUGCUGACGGCGGCGGCGGAAGCUGCUGACGGCGGCAGCGCAAUAGCAUUAGCGCCGGCGGAGGAGGCAGUCGACAGAAAGGCCCGCGCAGCGCUGGAAGACGCCGCGGGCGCUUCGCCGCCGCGACAGGAACCGUACGGUGUCCGCGAUCGGAUGCAGAAGCUCCGAAACCUGGUCGCGUUGCUCCAUGGCUACACCGCGCUUGGCCUGCACAGGGGCAGGCCCGUCCGUAGCCUCGCGCCUGCCGUACUACGGUACGCCCUGCGGCCGUACGACGACGACGGCAGCGGCACUGACGAUGAAAGCGACGACGGCGGCGGCAGCGGUAGCGGCGGCGGCGGCCGUCUUCUUCUGGCGGCCGCGCUGCCUGAUGAGGACCUGGCGGCGCUGCUGAGGUGGCACCAGGUGUACGGCAGCCCGCUGGCGUCGACAGAGGAUGUAGUACAGGACCAGUUCCCAGGCUACCACAAUAACGCGGAGGAAGGAACUCAAGUGCAGCAACAGCAGCAGCAGCAACAGCAGCAGCAGCAGGAGCUGAGACCUGGCCCGGUGGUGCUGAUGCAGCGGCCACGGGGACGGCAGUUACAGGAGCAACAGCAGCAGCAGCUACAGGGUACCCAGCGGCUGGCAGCUCGGCACUCGAGACGGCGCCAGGGGGCAGGCGAGGACAACGACGGGGGCGGUAGCGGCGGCCACGCAGCAGCAACAGCAAUGGAAGCAGCAACUGAGCAGCGUCCUGUGUUGUUGGGGGUCGGGGGUUUGGAAAGUACGGCCGCAGCAGCGUUGGAGGACGGGGAGGAGGCGGGCGCAGCUGGAUCUGGUUUCGGAGCUUCGGAAGCUGUUAAUCCGUUUGAGGUGGCAUUAAUCUCCUUCCUGCCGUACAUUCGUGACCGGCUGCUGGUGCCUGGGGGCUGCCCCGCGUCAGAGUUGCAAAAGGUCACAGUCGUCACAGUCGCCACGGACGCCUUUCGCACCUACAUAAGCCCCACCGCUGCCGCCUGGCGGGUUUUAGAGGCGGCCUGGGAGCCCCUCCUGGAGUCCUCUUGCUGCUCCGGUUCGGUGAACCCCCCCGGUUUGGUGACCGCCGCCGGGUCGGUGCUACAGCUGCUUGUGGAUUCCCAGUUGCUGUACAGCAGUACGACCCUAGUGGACAGGACCACCUACGAACUCAUGAAGAACAUGAAGAUAAAGAACGACAUCAACCCGCCAGCAGUAUCGCCGUUGGCAGCGGAAUUGGGGCCGGUAGGGGGGGUGUCCACCAGCAAGGGGGGGGGGCAGCACCAGCACCACCAGCAGGCAGGGCCGCGGUCCCGGCAAAGGCGAUGGGCGGUGGCGAAGGCGCCUUCGGCGCCGCCGCUCCCGCUGAGCCCGGACGAGGUGUCGUACACGGCGGCGGCGGUGGCACGUCUGAUGUCGGGCCAGCGGUUCGUGUCGGGGGCGGUAGUGCGGCGGCUGGCAGCGGGAGUGCUGGCGGCGGCGCCGCGCAUGUCGCCCUCGGCGCUUGUCCAGACGGUGUGGGCGCUGGCGGAGCUUGGAGCUGUGGCCCCGCAUGUCGUACAUCCCGAGGGAGCCGACCUGCUGCUGGGUGUUCUGUGGAAGCGGCUACCUGACCUCCCGGCGCAGCACCUGCCGCUGCUGCUUUGGAGCCUCGCACGCAUCCGCCUACGGCCGGCGUUGAUGUUUAUGGUGUCGUAUACCGGGAUUAUACGGGCGCAUGUACGGCAGUACGAUAUGCGUCAGAUCGCGCAGCUGCUGUGGGCGUACGGCCAGUUAACGCCAGCGGCGCCGUACUCCAAGCUGUACCAUCGUCCUCCGCGGGCCCUCGUGCGCUACUUGCUGCGGCGCACGCUGCACGCCAUGCGGGCGACUAACACAGCAGCACCAGCAGCGCCAGCGGUAAAGCUACAGGCAGCUAGGCAACCAGCUACUGCCGGAGCAGGUGCGGCCGCGGCGGCGGCGGUGAAAGGGCUACCGGCAGCGGCGCCAUCAGCGGGGCCGGCGGCGGCAGGCUGUCAGGGUGUACGGCACCACUACAGCCGGCUGCGUCCCGAGGAGGUGGCUCUGGCGCUGUCCGGGCUGGCGGGCUUGGAGUCGCGACCGGGGGGGGACUGGCUGCGGCGGUUGUACGCCUGGUCGGGUCCCCGGCUGGCUUCCUUCAGCCCGCGGGAUCUAGGGUUGCUGUUGUACGGCAUGGCGAGACUGGGUGUGCAGCCACCUCGCCUGUGGGUUUGCAGGGUGUGGAAGUUCUUGGCGGCAGGUCUGGCCCGUCUAGCCCCAGGUCGGGUGCCUCGGAGCGUCGUGGCGGCGUUCCAGGCGGCGGUUCCUCACCUACUUCGCGGCAGGGCCCGCAGCCGUACGGGACCCGACGGAGGGGAAGGCAGCAGCGGUGGUGGCGAUAGCAGCUAUAGCCGUACUGCCGCUGCUGGCGGCAGAAUCGCCGGUGUGCGUGCCGGCGCCGCUAGCGGGGGGGACGGCGGCGCACAACGUCCGGAGCGGCGGGGCCCAGUCGUGGCGGCGGCGGCGGCGGCAGCAGGGGGGGAUGUGGAGGACGUCCCACAGGAGGUCUGGGCGGGCUUUCUGCGUUCGGCCUUUGCGCAGCUUCAGGACAAUCCGCGACCUCAACCUCCGGGAAGAGGAAGGACGAAGGACUCUACGUGGCUCUCAAUGCGGGCUUGGCUGGCGAGGAGCCGUGGCGGGUCUAGGAAUCAGGGUGGCGCCAGCGGGGAGCCCUCCGACCCCCUUCAAGGCCCGGGGGAGCUGCGGGAGCACCGCCGCGGCGCCCUAUACGCUGCUGUCCCAUGA